AUGAGCGAUAGCCAUAAUACGCUAUUUCAUUCUUCACGCACGGCAAUCCCCAAUCCACGGCGCAAAAGAGGCCGGGUAGCCUGUGACUACUGCCAUUCACGUAAAGUCAGAUGUGAUCUCACUCUAAACGGCGUUCCCUGUACAAACUGCCGCCUUGAUAAGCGGAAGUGCUUCGCGUGGAAGCCCCGCAACAAGCUUCAGAAAAAGCAUACCAGCAAGGCUCCCACCUCAGAGGCUCAUCACAAUACCACAGCGACCGUGACCUUCCCAGAUCCCAGGCUGGGAGUGAGUUGUGAUUUUCCCCUGCCUCCUAUUUCGCUAUCAUCAACCCACGGUGCGUCUUUCCUAUAUGAGGAUGAGGAUGAGGAUUCAACAAGGGGACUGUUACUCCGGGAUCGGCCUUCAGACCGCAUUCCGGACUAUCCGUCACUUCGGCAGAACGGUUCGAGCGCGAGCCCACCUUGCUUUUCGGUUCCUUCAAUGCUGGGUGAGACUGCGUCCGAUUCAAGCCGGAGAAUCUCAGACAAAAAGUUGAAGGCUCUCCCCAAUCUGCUAUCGGUGGACGUCACAUAUCUCGAAUCGAAGGGGUGUUUUCGAGUCCCCAGCGACAGCUAUCUGGAUGCUUUCAUGUUGGAGUAUUUUCUCCACGUCCAUCCCUGCGUGCCAAUUCUCAAUGAGGCAGACUUUUGGAACUUAUACGGACACAAAGAUGGCAUGCUUGGUGCCUCCAAGGUCUCCCUGUUGGUCUUCCAAGCGAUGCUGUUUGCUGCCUCCGCAUUUGUUCCCCUGCGCACGCUACAGGCCUGUGGUUUUAGAGACUCUCACGAGGCUCGGGAAACUCUUCACCAACGUGCUGCUUUACUCUAUCAGUUUAAAGCGGAACCAAAUUUAGCUUGCAUCGCGCAGGCAUCCUUGUUGUUGUCGUUCCACUCAUCCGCUCGUGAUGUUUAUAACAAUACGUCAUUCUUAUCUAUCGCUAUUCAAUGCGCUCGUGCAGACCGUGCCCACCUUUACAGCGUUAUUCCCAAGAUAAGUCCACGAGAACGACGGGAUAAAAAGAGACUGUGGUGGUGUUGCUUUGUACGAGACCGAGUCAUUGCGCUUGGGAUGCGGCGGCCCCUUCAGAUCACCCCGGACCAAUUUGAUUACCGUCGGGAACCUUUUGAAGAAGAAGAUAUAAAAUGCGAGGUUGGACAAUCUAGGGUUUACGAUCCAGAAACCAAGCGGUCGCUCAUCAAGAUCUUCGUUGCGCAGUGUGAACUGGCAGCCGCGCUCACAUCAACCCUCCUGGCCACCUAUCCACUGGACAGAAUUUCUAUGUCACUGUCGCACACAAGUACUGAUCUAAUGGGGUUAUCUAGCGUAGUACAGAGCUGUAGACAGGACCUCAAUGCGUGGUUCGAUGCGACGGAGGCACGAUUAAAGCACAACUCAGGGAAGGACGUUCUGGGUGUUGACUUUGUGACGCUUUACACUGAUCUGUUGUGGAUAUAUUACUUUACCGCUCGGAUGGCGCUGUGCCAUUUCAUUAUAUAUAUAUCCAGCAUGUGCCGUACUCGCAACCCGGACUGGAUGUCACAGUCAAAUAUCAGCAACAGUGAUCUCAAGUCAGCCUUCACCGGUCUGAAGGAUGUCUUCAAGAGGCUGGUGGCAUCAAACCUCGCUGGCCAUCUUCCGAUUAGCGCAUCUGCGUAUACAGCACUACCUCUGCUAUUAGUCUCUCUCGACGUUUGGCUGUCAUCAUCGGAGUACCAGAAGAAAAGGCAUAUGCAAGACCUCUCGCAUUGCGCGGAGGCCAUGCGACAAUACGAACGCCGUUUCAGCUUCGCCAAGUUUGUAACCGAGAUAGUUCGUAAGGUUGUUCAACUUGUGGACCACGAAUCACUGUCAAAACCUCGGUCUCCAAUCAACAAUAUAUCCGGAUUAUCCGGAUUAGCCGCUCCUACACCAAACCACCCACCUCGAAGCUGGAGCGAAACCUAUUCACAGAACCCUCAACUAUAUUUCAAGCUCUUAUUCUCUCUGGACCAUUUCCUAUCUUACGGGAACGUACCGUCUCCAGGUGAACCCCCCGAUUGGUUUCUUGGGCAAUCCCCCCCCCAGCCAAAUAAACCACUGGAGGCUACAGACCAAGAAAACGGAGAUUUGGAGCCUCUAACAAUGUCACGCGCUUUCUCUCCGGAUUUAUUCGGACGAAGCGUGCCUUCUAAGUGCCCAUCGAACGAGCAGAGGGAAACCUUCCAGUCGAUCGCUCCGAGUUUAUCGCCACCGGUCUAUCCCGAGACGUCUCCACAGCCUGAGCAUGAGCAUACCACAGCCGGAUCUCAAUCAAAUCUUAGUUCCUUGUUCUCUGAUGAUACCAAUACACAUUUCAAUGAUAUUGGGGUGGAUGCUGGUGACGCCCAACCAAUGUUCGAUACACUUUCUUUUCUUCUCCAGUAUUCUUGUCCCUCUAUUGGAUAG